UUAAAGGUGUAGUUUGUCCAAUAAACAGCUGUGUGUCCGUCAUUGGAGGACGGGGGUGUCAAACCAGGCCGGCAAUUGGUUCAGAGGAAGUUUUUCUGUGCAAAUCGGUGGAAGCCCAACCAGGAAGAACACACACACACACACACACACACACACACACACACACACACACACACACACACACACACACACAUAUCUCGCAGGCAGCGCCACCGACCGUCCUCUCUCCACUCCUCCCCAGCUCUCCCAGUUACGGAGCUCUGCCAUCGCACCAGUCCGGCGGCUUCCUCCCCCUCCUCGGUACCCGCAGAUUUGUUCGACGGUUUCCCGGCUGCCAGGAGGAAGCGUGUCGGCGUGCCGCCCCGUGGAGAAGCAUGUGAUGACUCAUGCAAGGCAGAAGGGUUCCCUCAGGCAGAGCGACUGUAGUGCUGAGCGGUGGGACAACAGCCCUCCUUUGCCACAUGUUGGCACAAUGGGCGACACCUGGACUGAGCGCUCACUUAGAUUCGGGAGGUCAAAGAAGAUAAGCGAGAUCAUCAAACGGAAGAAGGUUAAGGUCAAGAGUGUGAAUGACAAGGCAGGGAAGAAAGAAAAAUCUGAUCAGAACAGAAAACUUGACCGGAGGCGCGACAAGAAACGGGACAGGAAGUCGUAUCCUUUGCGAGGCAGGGCUGAGACUUCAGACGGGGAGGGGCUCAGCUGUCAUGUCCUCCUUACCCGAUUGGAGGAAAGCAUCCGCGAACAGGAGAGUUGUAAACAAAGCACACGAAAGGAUUCACGCAGACAUUCAUCUCUCAAUCCCAAACCCAGAAAAGGGAAAAGCAGUGAAAGAAAAGGGGCAACGUCAUUACCAAAAACCAAAUCAAAUUCAAAAAGCCCUAGUCAUGGAGAGUUUAUUCUUUUCCCAGAACCUCGCAAGCGCAGACUGGCCUCCCUGAACGCCGAGGCGGUCAACAGUUUACUGCUUGAAAGAGGUUCUGACGCUCAGGUGGCAGCUAAACUGGCCAGGAGACAGGAAGAGUCCACAAAUGGAGGGUCUGCCUUGGAUGCAAAUCCAACCAGGAGUGGUGUCCCUGGAGGUAUAAAGGCUACGCGUGGAACCAUCACUAAAUCCUCAACGACACCCAAACUUGAGCUGUGCCAAAGCUCUAAGCAUGUCCAGAAGGCCAAAGCCAACCAAGCAGAUAGCGGGGGGAUGAGCCUGGAGAGUCUGGAUGCCCCCGCCCCCAGACGAUUGGCUGGACUUAACGCUGCAGCCCUGCUAAAGUUAACUAGCUCCUCUGCUACCAGUAAACAGAGAGUAAAGGCUGCACCCACAGCUACUAUCACAACUGACUGCAAGGCUUCUGCUUUUGUCAAAACCCCAAAACAGCUCUCAAGGGUCAAACUCAAACACAAGGGAUUCUCACAAAAACAGAAGGGCAAAAAGGUCCCUGCCCUGCAAAGUGGGUGCGCAGCCUGCAAGAAUAAGGCGGACUUUGAGCCCAAAGUGGAGUGGGAUACCAGCAACUGCACCCAUCGACUGACCAAACCAGGGUACCAGUCACGCAGCAUGCUAGCAUACCCGCUAAAGCAAGUGAAGGAAGAGCCUCUGGAGACCGAAAUGAGCCCAUACUACUGCUGUCCGCCAGAGGGCUCAAUGGAAUACUGCCACCGCUUGGCCUUCUUCCUGGGCCAGCAGCCCUACGGAGAAUCAGACGAUCAGCCACUUAACUCAGCCAUAACCCCUGUGAAUCGCGAGUGCCUCGUAACCUCACCGUCCCUAACGCAUUCCCACCCACACACAGCUCUGACCCUCAGCCCACACUCCUGCCUCUGCACCGCCGACCACUGCUUCUCUAGCUACUAUGUUCACAUCGCCCACCCGACACACACUGGAACAUCGUCAGCAGGCCUGGCCCCGCGACCUCUGAACUUUCCCCCUUCCAGUUUAUGCCCUAAUCGGACGAAUAGCUCCAAGCUGCUGGGUCCGCAGGUGUCCCACGGCUCGGGGCUGACCCACUCUGCCUACUGCAACUCGGUGGCUUCGCCCUGCUAUGGUGAAGCCUGCGGGAUCAGUGGCUACACCUACAGAGCCAUGCCUCCCGUCACCAGCAGGGGAUGUUCUUUCAGUACAGGAUGCACUGAAUGCACACACACCAUCAAAACAGAGGGUUACUCCUCCCCUCAGGGUGACCACAGCCCCUCCCUUUUGGUUCCCCCUUCCAUGCCCGUCUCCAGCUGCCCUCUAUCCAGCAUGCCCACUUCCACUCAGACCAAACCCCACCUGCUGACCCCCCUGUCAGGGCGAGAAAAGCCGCAGGCCAGGUUAAAGCUGGCCCCUGAAUGCCCACAGAGCAACAAGCCCUCCAACGGCUCCCGGUCCAUCGGCCGCACACGGCCGCCCCAGAAACAACCGUCAACCUUGCCAAGCUUCAGCAGCACCAAACAAAAGAGAGUCAGCCGAAGACGUGCCACCAACGGUUGGCGGCCUGUGGGAAUGCCCACGGAGAGAGAAGUCUUUAUAGCGGGAGAGGAUGAGAUAGCCCUGCGGCAGUGUUAUGAAGGAGUGGAGAGGGACGGUGAAGUGAUACAUGUCAGAGACACUGUGCUGCUACGAUCAGGCCCCAGGAAGAAAUCACUCCCAUAUGUUGCCAAGAUAUCAUCGCUGUGGGAGGACCCCAAAACAGGAGAGCUGAUGAUGAGUCUUUUCUGGUACUACAGACCUGAGCACACACAGGGAGGCCGAGAUCCCAGCACACACUGUGAGGUGAGGCUUCGUUUAAUAUAUUGA